GUUUAAACCUUUUAUGUUGUGCCUUGGACAAGAUUUGUCCUUUUACGACGGUCUUAAGAGGGCAAUGGUUUGAGGCCAUUCUACAAAUAAAUCAGCUAAAAGAAACCAAGUCUGAUUAUUUGGAGCGUCGUUAACUCGCUGUCUAGGUGGUGAAAAACUAGAUGCUUCAGAGUGAGGACAGCACAGUAAAAGGACAAUAGCGCAGCGGGCACAACCACGAGGAGCUACAUCCAGCAAGAUAACCAUGAGCCUACGGUCAGGAAAGCUGUAUCACCCAGGUCUACCAGAAGAAGAUCUAAUGCCAGACCCUACAGAACCAGGACAAGUGCACAACACAGACGAUGUGGACAGCACGGAGAACAAGGGUAACGCAAGCUACACAGACACAAAGAGCAAGUCUUCACGCUCGCAUACAUCCAAACGUUCAUCCGUAAGUUCUGCAGCGCUAAAAGCACGUGCACAAGCAGUUGCUGCACGAGCACAGCUGGAGUAUUCAUUAAAAGAAGCAGCCAUAAUGAAACAGAAAACUGAACUUGAGGCUAGUUUACAUGUUUUGAGUAGUCAAAAAGCUGUUGCAGUUGCAGAAGCAGAGGCCGCUGUUUAUGAAGAAGAGGAGGGUCUCUCAAAGACUGAACUGAGUCAUGUGUUUGUAGAACCACCUACUAAUCCAAUGCAACGCACAGCAGAGUAUAUUCAGCAACACACAGACAUUUGCCAUGAAGGAUUCACAUUACGAGUUGAUCCUCUCGCUUGCCACAAUGCUGCACGUGAACAAUGUGAAAUGGCUAUGAAUACAAAGAUAGACAAUAAAGGCAUGCACAGCGUGGAAAAAACGGAUAUUAAAGUAGAGCAAGAAACACAGCAAGAACAGACGAAUACCCCCAAACCGUAUCCGUACGACACUCCUCCGACAUCAGUAGAAAUACGGGGUGUACAGGACAUCACAAAGUACCUAACAAGGAGAGAACUGUUAAGUACAGGACUUUUGCAGUUUGAUGAUCACCCAGAGAACUACUGGGCGUGGAAGGCUUCGUUUCAAAACACCAUAAAAGACUUGCAUGCUACAGCGCAGGAAGAACUAGAUUUAAUGACAAAAUGGCUUGGAGUUGAGUCUGGUCAGCAAGCUAAAAGAAUUCGCUCAGUCUAUGUUUUCAAUCCAAUCGCUGCUCUCAGCCUUGUGUGGCAAAGACUCGAGGAAUGUUACGGGUCUCCUGAAGUAGUGGAAAAUGCACUGUUGGAAAAGAUUGAGCAGUUCCCCAAACUCAGCAACAGAGACAGCACAAAGUUAAGAGAGCUAGGAAAGAACCAGUAG